AUGGAAAGUGGGUUUCAAAAUAAUAGACCACUGAGUGCGUUAAGGCGAGGAAAAACUUUAAAUAGACCUGAACGUUACCAACCUGCAACUCCUCUUUUAACGGGUAAUAAAGAUAAUUCUUGUGAUGUUUGGGUAAUCUUCUCAAAAGUUGUCACAUUUUGGGCACCGGGUGCCUUAUUAUCAUCGAUCGGUCUCAAUGAUAAACAAUCACGUCAAGCAUGGCGUGAAAAAAUAGCUUUAUGUUUUAUCGCUGUUAUUAUGGGUGGAAUGGUUGCUUUUAUGACUGUAGGUUUCUCGGUCGUACUCUGUCCUCCUUCCCAAUCUGACAAUCCUUUUAAAUUUAAACGUUUCGGUGAAGCUCCCGGUCAUCUUGGAAUUAACGGAUGGCAAUUUGAUGUUACAAAUGGUUUAUCACGACCUGGUUUGGAUUUUCAAAAACUUGCGGGAGAACAAAAUGGUCAAGAUAUUUCUGUAUUAUUCACAAGGACAAACAAACAAGCUCCAUCCUGUCUAGAUAAUCCUAAUAUUCAACAAUUUAAUGCUGUUAGUUUUGAAGUAUGUGAUAAUAACGAAUGCCCUCUUAAUAAUGUAUUUAUCACACCUGCAAAUUUAGAUGAUAUGAGAAUUGUAAAUACUUCAACAAAAGUUGGUUUUGAUUGGUCUCAACUCGCAAAUAAUCGUUUAGAAAAUUAUUUAGUUAUAGAUGGGAACGUUUUAAAUCUCAAUCCUUAUCUUAAAAGAUUUCCAGAUGAUAUACAGGGUGAUGUCUUAGAUAAAACUAUUCGCACAGUAUUAAAAACGGAUCAUCGUGAAGGAGGUAAAGACGGAACUCGUCUAUUCUUUGGUAGACCAGAAACAAAAGCUGCCGUUAAUUGCUUGGUUGAGAAAUUUUAUGCUGGAAAUAUCGAUAAAGAAACCAUCGGUUGCUUUACUUCCCAACUUUUCUUGUAUGUUUCUUUGACCGUCAUUCUUGGAAUAGUUAUGUCAAGAUUUGCCAUGGCUUGCAUUUUCAAUUGGUUCAUUUCACAUCGACUUGCUCUCAAACCAAAAUCUGAUAAAAAAUCUCCCGUCGUAUCACAAGUCGCAUCAUCAUGGAGUAAUCAUAAUAAUAACGGUAUGGGUGGUGAUAUGACCAAAGUCAUGAGCAUGGAUGAUGUAGGAAAUGAUUUAUAUACCGUGUUGCUUGUUACUUGUUAUUCAGAAGAUGAAGCUGGUUUACGUUGUACUUGUGAAUCAAUGGCCGCUACCGAUUACCCAGAUGAUCGUAAAAUGUUGUUCUUGAUUUGUGAUGGUAUAAUCACCGGUCAUGGUAAUGAUAAGAGCACUCCUGAUAUCUGCAUUGAUCUCAUGGAAAUUCCACCAGAAUUCAAAGAUCCACAACCACAAGGUUACAUAGCCGUCGCUUCCGGAUCUAAACAACUCAAUAUGGCUAAAGUUUAUGCCGGUUACUUCCCUUGGAAAGAUCGCCGCGUCCCAAUGGUAUGUGUUGUGAAAUGUGGUGGUCCUGAAGAACAAGGUAAACCAAAACCCGGAAAUCGUGGAAAGCGUGACUCUCAAUUGAUAUUGAUGAACUUCUUUAGUCGUGUUACUUACAACGAUCGUAUGUCACCUUUGGAUUAUGAUUUAUUCGGAAAGGUUCACUACCUAAUGGGCGUGACACCUGAUUUCUUUGAAAUCGUUCUUAUGGUUGACGCUGAUACAAAAGUGUAUCCUGAUUCACUGAGAUUACUCAUUAAUUGUAUGUGUAAUGAUCCUUUGAUCAUGGGACUUUGUGGUGAGACGAGGAUCGCGAACAAGCGAGAUUCAUGGGUGACAUCCAUCCAAGUCUUUGAAUAUUAUAUCUCUCAUCAUUUGGGUAAAGGUUUUGAGUCCGUGUUUGGUGGUGUUACCUGUUUACCUGGUUGUUUCUGCAUGUACCGUCUAAAGGCACGCAAGGGUGAUGAUGAUUGGGUCCCAAUUAUUACCAAACCUGAAAUUGUUCAAGAAUAUUCUCAAAACGCAGUUGAAUCUCUGCAUCAAAAGAAUCUAUUGCUUCUUGGAGAGGAUCGAUUUUUAUCAACGCUCAUGUUGCGAAACUUUCCACAUCGAAAAAUGAUGUUUUGUCCGCAGGCUGUUUGCAAAACUGUUGUACCUGAUGAUUUUAAAGUUUUGCUCUCUCAACGUCGUCGAUGGAUCAAUUCAACUAUUCACAAUUUAUUGGAACUCGUAUUGGUUAGAAAUCUUUGUGGAACAUUUUGCUUUUCUAUGCAAUUCGUAGUUUUCAUGGAAUUGAUCGGUACCGUCGUUCUUCCGGUGGCCAUCUUAUUAACAUAUGCAUUAAUUGUAUCCAUAAUAUUAAAACCACCUACCAAUUUUUCUGAAGCAAUUCCCUUGAUGAUGUUGGGAUUCGUUCUUGGAUUGCCAGCCAUUUUAAUUUUAUUCACCACAAGAAAACUUGUUUAUAUUGCUUGGAUGUUUAUCUAUUUACUGGCCUUACCCGUGUGGAAUUUAAUUUUACCAACAUAUGCAUAUUGGCAUUUUGAUGACUUCUCAUGGGGUGAAACCAGAAAGGUUGAAGGUGAAGCCAAGGGAGAUGAUCACGGUAAGAAGGAAGGAGAAUUUGACGCAUCAAAAGUUCCAUUGAAACGUUGGGAAGAUUGGGAACGUACAAGAAUACGUAGAAUGAAACGUCAAGAAAGACAAAGGCAACAAUUGCAACGUCAAAAUAGUUCACCUUAUUAUAAUCAACAGGGUUAUGAUGGAGCGGGAGGAUUACAUCCUUCAACACUUGUUACAGAUGAUCCUUAUUACGCUUCAGAAACAUCAUCAAAUAUUUCUUCGGAUUAUUAUUAUCCCGAACAGGGACAAGGACAAUAUAAUCAAGGAUAUAAAUCUCAAGGAAAGUUUUAA